CGGCCUUCAGACAACGGACUGAAGCGGCGGCCAAUGAGUUCCGCGGAGUAGCAGAAGGGGCAGGGCUAACCCUUAAAGGAACCGCGACCUGUUAGCAGAUCGGAGGGUGACCCAGAUGAUGGCGGCCAGCACGGCCCUAGCCUUGGCCCUAUGGCUACUAUUGCCUCCAGCGGAGGUAGGAGGGGCAGGGCCCCCACCGAUCCAGGAUGGCGAGUUUACGUUCCUGCUUCCUGCGGGGCGGAAGCAAUGUUUCUAUCAGUCUGCGCCGGCCAACGCAAGCCUGGAGACUGAGUACCAGGUGAUCGCAGGUGCUGGGCUGGACGUGGAUUUCACUCUGGAAAGCCCUCAGGGAGUGCUGCUGGUCAGCGAGUCCCGCAAGGCAGACGGUGUGCACACGGUGGAGCCCACGGAGGCAGGGGACUACAAACUGUGCUUUGACAACUCCUUCAGCACAAUCUCCGAGAAGCUCGUGUUCUUUGAACUCAUCUUUGACAGUCUGCAGGAUGAUGAAGAGGUGGAGGGCUGGGCAGAGGCUGUGGAGCCUGAGGAGAUGCUAGAUGUCAAGAUGGAGGACAUCAAGGAGUCCAUUGAGACCAUGAGGACCCGGCUUGAGCGCAGCAUCCAAAUGCUGACUCUGCUGCGGGCCUUUGAGGCACGUGACCGCAACCUGCAAGAGGGCAACCUGGAGCGAGUCAACUUCUGGUCAGCUGUGAAUGUGGCCGUGUUGCUACUCGUGGCAGUGCUGCAAGUCUGCACUCUCAAGCGCUUCUUUCAGGACAAGCGCCCUGUGCCUACGUAGCCCCCUGCCAUGGAAGAACAGGGGAAAGGAGGAGCAGCAAGGUGCAUGCGUGAGACUGGGGGGUCCCUUCCCCAGCUUAGUUUCCUACAGGAAGGGAAGCUGUGCAGUCUGGGCCUGAGGUGUGGCCCCUGCGCGUCCCCUCCCUUCCAGGGCCCAGCAAGAACACAGGCUGGCUUGUAGGCAAGGGCCCCCCAGGAGGGAUAGCUCAGUGGCUGAACCUGUUUUCCUGGAAAAUUGUGCAUGGGGGGCACUGCAGCAUCCGAAAGUAACCUUUGGAUUUUCUGGCCCUGCUUCUCACCCCUCCUGUAAUUGUGCCUUAGCUGGAAUCUUCCAGCCUGCACUAGCAAUCCAUGGUGCAGCACGGGGCCCAAGAAGCCAAGUCUUUCCCUUCCCUGCUGGCACCUCCAAGCCAGGUGACCAUAGGAGGGGGCUUGCUGCUGUGGGAUCCCAUGCCUGCCUUCUUGUGGCUCCACCCAAGGCCUGUGCUGCUGCUGGGAGUGGCCUGCUCAUGCCAGAGGCCGGGAAGGAGACGUGGCUGCAGUGUUCUUGCCAGAACAGUCACUUUAUUGACAGGAAGGGGCUCUGGCCCUUUGGCCCAGCGGGGGGGGGGGCGGGCUGGGUGUGAGGUCUGGUAACAGAACUCAGGGAGCAGGGCCUGUAAGACCACCCGCCCCUCCCACUUUCCCUGCAGGGGCCCCAGACAGGGCUGAGGGGCGGCCCAGCCAAAGCCUGCACAGGAGCCUCAUGGAACAAAGAGCAGUCUGGCCUGAGCACUGGAGUCAAUAAAUUAUGGUCAGAAAAUCA